AUGGCCGAGGCCGUAUCAGAACCGGCCCCGUACAUCUUUCAUCGUGACCACAAGUCAAGUAUACGCCUAAAUUACCAGCACAUGCUGAUCAAGAAGCUCUGCAACGACCAACUCCUGCACCCAGCCGUGCGUCAGAGCAUAGCCUCGCGCUCAUCAUCCAUCAGGGUAGCCGACAUUGCUACCGGCACAGCGCUCUGGCUGACGGAGCUGUCUGAUGCGUUGCCCGCGGAUGCUCAGCUGCUGGGCUUCGACGUCUCGGCCGACCAGUAUCCGCCCGGGGAAUGGCUGCCCGGAAACGUGGCUUUGCAUGAGCAUGAUGCGUUUACGCCGUUUGCGCCGGAGCUGCUCGGCUCGUUUGACGUGGUGCACUUGCGCUUCUUCAUUACGCUGCUCAAUGGGGAGAACAUCCGGCCGCUUCUUGAUAAUCUGAAGACUCUCCUCAAACCUGGUGGUUUCCUUCAAUGGCUUGACUUUGAUCCGCGCUCGGCCAAGGCCAUUGCCACGCGCCCUGACAUGCACAUGCCGCGUACUGAAAGUGUCGUGUCCAUCAUGCGCAAGGCACAGCCUGACGUUGACUCGUGGAUCCUGCACGACUCGGAGCUAUUGAAAGCCGCUGGCCUCGAUCCCGUCGCCUACGAGCGCCUCCAGCUUUGCGACUAUCUGCGGCCCAUCUGGAACCACUGCCACAUCAUGGGCAUGGAGGAACUGUCUCGACGCAUGAGCCGGAUCACAGCGAAUGGGAACGACAAGCCAUCGCCGCUGUUGCAGCAGAUCAAGGACCUGGAGGCUGAGUUUGCGCAGGGUGCAAGUGUUGAUGCGGAGUGGUUCAUCAUGGUUGGGCAGAUGCCAGGCAGCACGCAGGAAUAG